AUGAGAUUGAAGGCUAAAGUAGCUAAUAGCUUCUUGUUUGCUCGAAUGUGUCAAAGCUUGGAAAAGCUCAGCAAAACUUGGGUGUUGAGAUUAACACCAGAUCGUCUCCAUUUUAUUGUCGCAAAGUCAGAUGUCGAUUCGGGAUUACAAGUUUGGGGUCAAGUUAAUAUGGAUGCCAUAUUUGAAGACACGAGAAUCGAAUCCGCACAGCAAAACGAAAUAUGGCUCGAGUUAUCUGGUGAAUUCCUACACAAGGCAUUGAAAUCCACGUUUCAUGCUCAUGACGUCGUGUUGAAAUUGACGAAAAAGGACGAUUUACCGGUCCUGUCGUUUGUUAUGUCCAACCAGAGUCGAAGUGGGAAGAAUGUGACCGUGAUGCAGGACGUGCCUGUACGUGUCAUGACUCCACAGCAGACUAGAGAGCUUCGUGAGCCUACCGUCGGAAAUUCAGAGAUAUACAUUAUGAUGCCACCAUUAACAAGCAUCAAAACCAUUGUCGAGAAAAUGAAGUCAUUCAGCAACUUUGUCACCAUCUCUGCCAACAACUCUGGAGAUUUCCAUGACUCACAAAAAUUAUCUCAAGACAUCCCACAAGUGGAUCGUGAUCCUGCUUUAUAUGCUGAAGCCAGGAUUGAUGUACGUGAUUUCAUCAAGUUUUUGCAAUCAUCUGCUGUGAAUCCCAAGGAGGUUGUGUGCUGUAUACUAGAUAAGAAAGGAUUGGUGAUAUAUGUGUAUGUCAGUGCCGACGCUACUGCCAAUCAAUGCGGUUCCCUCACAUACUACAUGCCUGCAAGGAGUGGCGUGUAG